GACUUUUGAAUUUUUGUAAAUGUCGAACUCAGAUUUAUCAGGUCGCCAUGGUGGUGGGCUUUCAGGUGCAGCAAGCCCGGAUCCAGAGGAACCUGCUUUCGAGGAUGAAUCCGCCGCCAUACUGGGUGAUGACAAUCUUGAUGAAGAGGAGGAAUCCGGAGAGAAUUUAUUCGGUGACGAUAUGGAGCGUGAUUAUCGUCCCAUCCGGAGCUUGACGUCUAUGAGGCAGAAGGUCUUGCAGACCCCGAUGAAGACCUAGAGGAAUUAUCACCGAAUGCUCGCGCUGAAGCUGAACGUGAAAUGAGACGACGGGACCGUGAGCGUCUUCUUGCGACUGGCGGACUUAGGCGUGAUCUUAUAGCCGAUUUGUACGGUGAGGAGGAGGAGGAAGAAAUAAUUCCUGCGCGUCGCAGGCGUAUUGCGGAGAGAGUAGCUGCAGGUGAUGAAGGUGAUUUAGAACCUGAAGGUGUGCUAGAAAGUAUCGAAAACUUGGAGGAUAUGAAGGGAAUGUCUGUCGUUGAAUGGGUCCAGCAACCUGUCACUCGUCAAGAAAUUAAAAACCGUUUUAAAGCAUUUCUCAGAACGUUUUUGGACGAAAACGAUCGGAACGUAUAUGCUGAGCGUAUAGUACAAAUGGCGAGAGAGAACAAACAUAGUCUGCAUAUUGAUUACCAACACCUGGCGUCGGCGGAGCAAGUCCUAGCAUAUUUUUUACCAGAAGCCCCACAACAUGUCUUAGAGAUCUUUGACGAGGCUGCUCGUGAAGUCACAUUGACUCGGUUCCCUCGUUACGACAGAAUCACUAAUCGAGUCCAUGUCAGAAUAAACGACCUUCCUCUCAUUGAGGACCUCCGAUGUCUUCGCCAUUUUCAUCUUAACCAACUUAUCCGAACAUGUGGAGUAGUUACAAGCAGUUCUGGUGUCCUGCCUCAGUUGAGCGUAGUCCGCUACAACUGUACGAAAUGUGGGUGCCUUUUGGGCCCAUUCGUUCAAAACCAGACAGGCUCAGAGGUCAAACCUUCUACCUGUCCAGACUGCCAGUCAGGUGGUCCAUUCGAACUAUGCAUGGAACAGACUGUUUAUAGAAAUUACCAACGUAUCACUCUUCAAGAAAGCCCAGGCAAAGUUCCAGCAGGUCGUCUUCCUAGGUCCAAAGACGCUAUUCUUCUAGAUGAUCUGGUUGACAGCUGCAAACCGGGGGAUGAAAUAGAGUUAACUGGGGUAUAUACACAUAGCUAUGAUGGAUCACUCAAUACUAAGCACGGUUUUCCAGUCUUUGCAACUGUCAUAUUAGCAAACAACGUUGUUCGUAAAGAUGAUAAGGUCGCUGUGGGGACAUUAACUGACGAGGACACAAGGGCGAUCUUGAAACUUUCACGUGAUGAAAGGAUUGGUGAUCGAAUUUUCGCUAGCAUAGCUCCAAGUGUGUAUGGUCAUGAAGAUAUUAAACGUGGCAUUGCACUGGCACUUUUUGGCGGUGAACCUAAAAAUCCUGGAGGAAAACACAAGGUACGAGGUGACAUUAAUGUUCUUCUCUGUGGUGAUCCGGGGACUGCAAAGUCACAGUUUCUUAAGUGUGUUGAGCAGCUAGCUCCGAGGAGUGUUUUUACAACUGGUCAGGGAGCAAGUGCAGUUGGUCUAACAGCGUAUGUUACUCGCAGUCCAAUGAGUCGGGAGUGGACUUUGGAAGCUGGUGCACUUGUUCUUGCAGAUCGUGGUGUGUGUUUAAUUGACGAAUUCGAUAAGAUGAAUGACCAGGACCGAACAUCUAUACACGAAGCCAUGGAGCAACAGAGCAUCUCAAUAAGUAAGGCAGGUAUUGUUACAAGCCUGCAAGCAAGAUGUACUAUUGUUGCUGCUGCUAAUCCUAUCGGUGGUCGUUAUGACCCGAGCAUGACAUUUUCCGACAAUGUCGAUCUCAGCGAACCAAUUUUGAGUCGUUUUGAUGUUCUUUGUGUUGUUCGUGAUGCAGUAGAUCCUAUUCAGGAUGAAAUGCUUGCACGCUUUGUUGUUGGAAGUCAUAUGCGUCACCAUCCUAAUAUGACGCUGGAGGAGCGUGUUGCUCUGAAUGAUCAAUUAGCAGAACGUGGUGUUCCCCGAAGUGGAUCUUAUGCAGACAUCCAACCACUAGAUCAGGAAUUGUUAAAAAAAUACAUUCUUUAUGCAAAAGACCGUAUUCAUCCUAAGCUAAACCAAAUGGAUCAGGACAAGGUUGCUGCAGCUUACGCUGAUCUAAGACGGGAAUCCAUGGUUAGUCUGUUUUAUUAGUCAUGUUAUUCAUUCUUUUGUCUCUCAUUCAUCGUUUGGGAUUCUGAGUUUGUUCUUCAUUUAUUUUUUGUGAUCACCUAAUAUCAUUUGUUAAUCUUAUAGGUAACUGGGAGCUUACCAAUAACUGUCCGACACAUCGAAUCGGUAAUCCGUUUGUCUGAAGCACACGCUCGUUUGCAUUUGCGGGAAUUCGUUAAUGACGAUGAUGUUAAUAUGGCUCUCCGUGUCAUGCUAGAGUCAUUUGUGUCUACUCAAAAAUUCAGUGUCAUGAAGUCAAUGCGACAGACUUUCUCGCGAUUUUUGAGCUAUCGUCGCGACAACCAAGAAUUGUUAUUGUUCUUGCUUAAACAGUUAGUCCAAGAUCGGUUAGCUUUCGAACGUGUUCGACAUGCUGGGAGUCAAGAGUGGCGCAUCGAAGUCACUGAACGAGAAUUCUCUGAGCGAGCCAAGCAGAUAAACAUCAGUUCUGUUCGUGCAUUCUUGCAAAGUGACCUUUUCAAGUCACACCAUUUUGUGUAUGAUGCCAGUCGGAAAGUUAUCGUUCAUACGGUAUAAAUGACAAUACAUUGGUACUGAACUAGAUUCUCACUUCAUACAGCUGACAUUUCUGUGCAUCUGUAUAUCCUUAUUUUUUCUAAAAUACAUCAGUUAUUGACCUGUUUACUUAUUAAAUAUUAUAUACUUCUAUUUUAUCAGAUUUAUCAUCCAUGGUCCUAUGAUUGUUGUGAAAUACUAUGAUCUGUACAUCUCUCAUCGUUUUUUAUGCUAAGUAAAUAAAUGUUUGACCAUUUAU